UUUAAUUCUAUGCCACUUCAUUAAAAUUGUUUAGUUGAUAUGCAUGAUACUACCUAUGAUACCCAUUACGCCUAACCUAAUCAAUUCUUAGAGAAAUCUAUGUUGCAUGAUACUCCCUCCAACGCCAGAAGCUCUGCCGAAAACAAACACCAAAAACACAGGAGAGGGAGGCGACAUCGAUUCCUCCCGCGCCGCCGCUCCCUCCUGUCCUCCUGAUCCGUCCGAUACCCCGAUGCCGUCGCGCUCGCUCCGCGUCGCCGUCAUCGGCGCCGGGGCCGCCGGCCUGGUGGCGGCGCGCGAGCUGCGGCGCGAAGGCCACGCCCCCGUCGUGUUCGAGCGCACCGACGGCGUGGGCGGCACCUGGGUCUACGAAGCCGACGCCGACGCGUCCGCCUCGCCGGAGCCGCCCGUCACCCAGCGGCGCUCGAACCUCUACGCGUCCCUCCGCACCAACCUCCCGCGCGAGUGCAUGGGCUUCCUCGACUUCCCCUUCGUCGCGGGCCCCGACGGCAACCCCCGCAGGUUCCCCGGCCACGCGGAGGUGCUCCGGUACCUCCAGAGCUUCGCGCGGUGGUUCGACCUCCACGGCCUCGUCCGGCUGGAGACGGAGGUGGUCCGGGUGAGCAGGGAGGCGAGCGGCACCAGCUGGCGCGUCAGGUACUCGAGGAAGGCGCCCGGCAGCGAGAAGCGCGAAGCGGAGGAGGAGGUGUUCGACGCCGUCGUCGUCUGCAACGGCCACUACUCCAAGCCGCACUUCGCCGACGUCGCCGGCGCGGAUGCUUGGCCUGGGAAGCAGCUGCACAGCACCGGCUACCGCGUGCCCGAGCUAUUCCACGGCCAAGUUGUGGUGGUGAUAGGUUGUGGACCGAGUGGCACGGACAUCUCGAGGGACAUCGCUGGCGUCGCCAAAGAGGUCCAUCUCGCCAGUAGAUGGGCGUUUGCUGCCACUAGCGAGAAGCUGCCCGGACACGCUAACAUGUGGCUUCAUUCGGAGGGUAGAUACAAGUACAACUUCACAUUCCUCACCAACGAUACAACCGUCUCCGUGGACGACAAUUGUGUCGAUCCACUGUACAAGCAUGUGUUCCCGCCACAGGUUGCUCCUCGACUCUCCUUCAUCAGGUUGCCUUUAAAGGUGGUCCCUUUUCCACUGUUCGAGCUGCAGAGCCACUGGGUGGCGGGCGUUCUGUCGGGGCGAUUCAAGCUCCCAUCCAAGGACGAGAUGAUGCGAGACGUGGCGGCCUUCUACUCGCGUGUGGGCGCUCGCGGAUGGCCCCGAAGAUACACCCACAGACUGCGAGACCGCGAGUUCGAGAACGAGGACUGGCUCGCGGAGCAAUGCCGGCGGGGCGGGCCCGAGGGGUGGAGGAGGGAGAUGUUCGACGCGGCGAUGCGGGUCAUGGUGGAACGCCCGGAGACCUACCGGGACGAGUGGGACGGCGGCGACUACGACCACUUGCUGGCCCGAGCAAACCGAGAUUUCACGGUGCAUCUUCCCGCCCCUCUCCGGCCUUGAUUGAUCGCCGUUCAUUCCCCAUCGAAAUGCUGAUAUAAACCCUAUU